AUGGAUUGCUUUAUAAAUUCUCCUCUCUUUUAUCUUCCUUCAUUAGUUGAGGAUUUUAUUUCAUUUGGAGUAGAUAUUAAUGCAUCAGAUUGCAAUGGAAAGACAGCAAUUAUCAAUACAGGAUUAACUAAUAAUAGAUCAGCAGAAAUACUGUUAUCUUAUGGAGCAGAUAUUAAUUCACGAGAUUCUGAUGGUUUGACAGCACUUCAUAACGCAGCGACUAAUAACUAUGUAGAAUUAAUGGAAUUUCUGAUUAAGCAUGGUGCUGAUUGUAAUGCAAGUGAUAGAAAUAAGAAUUCUGUUCUCCACUGUACAACACGAUAUGAUAAUAAAGAUGCUGCAGCAUUACUAAUAUCUUAUGGUGCUAAUGUCAAUGCGGUAGAUGAUACUGGAAAAUCAGCUCUUCUUAAUGCAGCACAACAAGAUGAUUUUGCAAUUGCAGAACUUUUGAUUUCACAUGGUGCAGAUGUUAAUGCAAAAGAUUAUAACAAUUCAUCAGCUCUUCAUUAUGCUGCUGCAUAUAACUCUGAAGAAACAGCAGAAAUACUUAUUUCGCAUGGGGCACUUGUCGAUGCAAGAGAUGUGGAUAAUAAAACUCCUCUUAUUGUGGCUGCAGAAUAUUCUAAUAAAGAAGUUGCAGUGCUUCUUAUAUUAAAUAAAGCUAAUAUUAAUGCAAAAGAUCGAAAUGGCAAAACAGCGCUUAUGAAUGCUGCCGAAAGAGGAUCAAUUGAAAUUGUAAGUCUUCUUUUGUCGAGUGGAGCUGAUACAAAAAUUCGAGAUAACUUUAAGCAUAAUGCACUUCAUUAUGCAACAUUAUCGGGGAACAAUGAAACGUUUAAUCUUUUAAGACAAUCAUAG